CUGUCCUACAGUCCGCCGACCCUCCCACACUAACAUGACACGCCUGCAGAUACCCCUCUUGCCACCCGCCACCUCCUUGUUCUGGGACAGGCGGUGACGUCACUGGGAGGGGCGGUGACGACAGACACCGGAGAUCAUGGCGGCCGAGUCGUCGGGAGCGGGGUUGUUAGGAUGGCUUCUUAGUUGGCUGCCAACUUGGUGUCCCACAUCUUUAUCCCUUCUCAAGGAUGCAGAGAAUAAGAUGUUACAGGGUGUCAGAAGUAACUUUACAAAAGAGUAUGUUUUGAUACCAAGUGGCAACAAGAUAUGGACAUUAAUUUUCAGUCAGGAUAUUCGUAACAAAACUCCACUUGUUCUGAUUCAUGGAUUUGGAGGGGGUGUUGGACUGUGGACUUUAAACUUUGAUGCCCUCAGCCUACAACGCACUGUAUAUGCUUUUGACCUUGUGGGAUUUGGUCAAAGUAGUAGGCCACAUUUCAGCAGUGACUCUGAGCUGGCAGAAAAUCAAUUUGUGGAGUCUAUAGAGGAAUGGAGGGCAAAGGUGGGAAUGGAGAAAAUGAUUUUAUUGGGACACAACUUUGGAGGAUAUUUGGCUGCAGCGUACACAAUCAAAUACCCGCAAAGGGUGAAGCACCUCAUUCUCGUUGAGCCAUGGGGAUUUCCAGAGCGACUUAACCACAGUGAGCAGGAGCGACCAAUGCCAAUGUGGAUAAAAGCCCUGGGUGCAAUUCUGAGUCCUUUCAACCCAUUGGCGGGUCUUAGAUUGGCUGGGCCCUUGGGUCCAUUUCUAGUUCAGCGAUUAAGGCCUGACUUCAAACAGAAGUUCUCUUCUGUAUGUGAAGAUGAAAAUACUGUCAUAGAGUACAUUUAUCACUGCAAUGCACAGACUCCUAGUGGUGAAACUGCUUUCAAGAAUAUGACCAUUCCUUUUGGUUGGGCUAAACAGCCAAUGCUUUUGAGGAUUAAUCAAAUUCAAGAGGACAUCUCCAUCACAGUGAUUUAUGGAGCACGUUCGUGCAUAGAUGGCAUCUCCAGGAAACAGAUAAAGGCACUAAGACCAAAAUCCUCAGUCAAUGUAGUAGCCAUUCGAGGUGCUGGGCACUAUGUUUAUGCUGAUCAACCAGAAGACUUCAAUCAAACAGUACUGAGAAUCUGCAGUACUGUCGAUUAAUGAUCAGUCAGGAUUGGGAAUGUGCAGUACUGUAGUAAUGUGCAGUGUAGGCAGCACUGGAUACCUAAAGCACUGGAUACCUAAUGGACUAAUAAUUGGGGAGUACUAGAAAUCUACAGUACGGUACAUUAACAGAUUCAACUGGGAAUUUUGCAGUACUAUGGAUCAAUAAUCAGGCAGCAGCGGAUAUUUACUGUAUUGUAGACUAACAGUCAGGCAGUACAGGGAAUUUGCUGUACUGCUCAUUAACAAUUCAAUAGCACUAGACAUCUACAGUAUUGCACAUUACACUGAAUAUCUUCAGUACUGUUGACUAACUUAUACAUUUUUAAUUCAAAAUGUAAUAAAUGCAAAUAAUAUUAAUAUAAAAUAUUUUAGUUCAGAAUGAAAAGUAAAAUAUAAGGAACAUUGAUGAAAAUUAGCAAUUUAAGACUAUGUCAGUACCUUCUGUGUUAAAAAUCAAUGAACCUUUUUAGUAUUACUAUACCAAAUUUUAUUUUUGAUUGCCUCUACCAUGAAGUAUUACAAAUCAUCUAUUAACUAUUUAAUAUGAUAUUUGCAUUAUUUCAGUUCAAAGUGAUUAUAAAGAUAUUUGUUUUGAUGGAAAAUAUAAACGUUAUUGAAAAACUGCUAAUCGAAAUUUGCGCGUAACCAUACCUUGGGUGAUUGAUUAUUUUUAAAGCUUAUUUUGCACUGGUGUUAUAUUCAUUUGCCUUAUGUUUUUUCAUACUCAUAUACUUAUAUUUGCUGCACUCAAGAAAGUAAUGUAUGAAAUACUCAGACACCUUAAGAUUUAAGGUAAAUUGGUAUAAUCAGUACUACUUUUUCUACCAUUCCAAAAAUUAUUCAGUUCCUUCUACGAGAUGUUGCAAGAAUUGCGUUGCAUUGGUACUUUCAUUUGUUGCCUUUUUAAUUGACAGUUUAUUAAUAGCUCAGUACUGGAUCAACAAAUGGAACAGAAAUUUAAAUUGUACAAGAAAUGCAACAGCAGUAUAAGAUACCAAGGAGGCAUUAGUAUAACAUUGGAAAAAGACAAAUAGCAGCAUUUUUCAUCUCAUGGACAUAACGUUGCACUCAUAUUGUCAUAAACUAAUUUAUAGGCAAUUAUCAGUGGUUACACAGCUUUGUCACAGUCAUUGAAGUAGGUGAUUGGGACCAUGAGAAUUCAUUGCCAUUGUAUAGACAUGGCAAGGAAAUAGCAGGAUGAUCCCAAGUAUGUUAACAUUGUAAACCAGUUCUUUGGGUUUGUAAUAGCUGUGGAACUAGUGUCCAUAAUAAUCAUUUAGAACCGUAAUACAUUAUGCAAACUUAUUGUAUAUAUUUUACACAUAUAUUUUAUUAUUUUAAACCUUAUACAUGCCUGCACUUUCAUAAAAAGGUCAAUGUCAAAAUGUCAUGCUGCCACAGGCUAUUCGGCCCACUGGAUGCUUGCUGGCUCCCAGGGAAGAAAUCACAUUUGCCCCACUUCCCCCCUUCAUUUCCCUGUAUCCCUGCAACUAAUUCUCUCUCAGAUGUCCAUCAACUCCCCUUUUGCCACUUACCUACAAUUUGCAGUAGUCAACUAACCUACCAGCUUGUCUUUGGGAAUGUGGAAGGAACCUGGAGCACCCAGAGGAAACCAUGUGGUCAUGGAAGGAAUGUGCAUUCUCUAAUCAGACAGAAUACAAGGUCAAGUUUGAACCAAAGUCCUUGGAGCCAUGAGACAGUAUUACUGCUGCACCAUCACGAGAAGUGAUGAAGGAUAACAGUAGCAUGGCGGCUAAAUCACUGGAUUAAUAGCCAGAAAUAAGGAUCAUUGAUCCAGAGCCAUGAGUUCAAAUCCCACUAUGGCAGCUUAAGGAAUUUAAAUAAAUCUGAAUUUAUAUAAAAAAAAAUCUGUUCUCAGUAAUGGUAACCAUGAAAUUACUGUUCUUUCAUUGAAAACACAUCCAGUCCCCAUCAUGGAAGGAAAUCUGCUGUCCUUACCUGGUAUCAACAAUAGGUGACUCCAGACCCACCAAUGUGCAUGCCUCUUACCUACCUCCUAAUUUUAGGGGCAGUUAUAAAUUCCAGCACUGCCAAUGAUAUCUGCAUCCUGUGAAUGAACAAAUAAGAGGAUGAAACUUAUAGGGUAGAGACGUGUAUACAUAUAUUUAGUCAACUGUUAUAUGCAUAUUUCCUUUUAAGCUUGCAAAGAUAUGUGCCCAACAGAGUUAAAAUACUCAAGAAAAUUUGCAUCUCUUUAUUAAUGCUCAGGAUCCAUUUUCAGGAACUUGCAAAAUUAUAAUAUUUUAACAGCUAUUAUGUUUUUUUCUUUUACAAUGCUAUCUCUGCUUCUGAGGUGGGAAUGUAAGUGGUGUAGUGAUGAUAGUUUAUGCGUUACAGUGAACAAAUCCUGCAUCAGAGAAAGCAGGUCAUGUUGGAGCCUUAUUUAAGUGAAACUGCAUAAUCUGCAGACGCCUGCUACACUAUCCCCAGGCAUCCUGGUGUGCAGCUAUAAACUUCAGUCCAUUGCAUCAACAGCAACAGCCGUCAGCCCAGCCUUUGGAAGGUACCUGUGUGGCCCUUGCGAUUUCAGAGUAGUUAGAAACAUAAGUUGAUAAAGAAAAUUAUCUUUUUGUUGACGGCCUUUAACAGUUUGCUUGUGAGGACCGCUGGUCUGACAAUGUACACCUGGUGUAAACCAGUCAUUGGUGUUGUUUGGGGCAUUCCAGUUUUGGCAAAGGUUCUUUAAGUAGGUGUUAGCUCACAUAGAAAAUAUGUAAAGGGCCCAAGUCUGUCCUUAGGCAGACUCCAGGGAUAUCUGAAAAAUUAGCUGGCAUACUGUAUUGGAUGUAUUUCAGGCAUUGGUUGAAAUGUGGGGCAUUAGCCCAAAGAAUUGGCUUUUGUGUGCUUGCCAUGAGUGGAAAACAAGUCCAUUGAAGUCAAAAUUCAGGUCUGGAUUUAUUUUAUAGAUUGAGUUUCAUGUGUUUGAAGUGGCAGCUAUGGGAGUGCAUUAAUAUGUUUAGAUAAAAUGGUUAGUUCACUAUUGUCUCUACAUCAUAAAAUGGCACCUUAUACAACACUCAAGAACUUGAAAAAUUAUUCUCCUUUGGUAACAGUCUUAACCUUGUAGUGGGAGAGCUUCUCAUUAUUCUACCUGUAAAACAAUUACUUCAACUCGUAUACACACUUCUUAAGAGAUCAGGGUCACAGUUAACAACAACAACUUGCAUUUAUCAAGCACCUUUAUCACUGUAAGAUGUUCAAAGAGUUGCAAAAGCACAAUCAAACUAAAAAUGAUGCAGAUUUAAGGAGUUAUUAGGGCAGGUGACCAAAACUUGAUUAAAGAAGAAGGCUUUAAGAAACGUCCUAUAGAAAGGAUAGAUGGAAAAGUUUAGGGAAGGAGUUCCCCAGCUUAGAAUCCAGUUAGCUGCUGAACAAAAAAAGAAUUAUACAGAACCUGGAAGACGUUUUACAGUCAUUCAAGCAAGUUGAAUUCAGAAAAUUUUGUUCAGGCUUGCCUUGCCAGAUAACCUUCCCAAAUCUGCCAUUAUCCUGGCUCCCCAGCAACUUACUGUAUAUAUAUUCUUCACUCUUGGUGUGAAAUAAUUCAUCUUUACACUCAGAUUUCAUUCAUUUUCACAGAAGUAGGAGGAUUGGACUCUAUUGCUUAUAUAGAUUUGAGCUGUUUGGCUAAAGAACCAUAGGUAUCUUGAGGAAAGCAUUUUUUCAACCAGUAGAUUUUGAUCUGGAAUUCACUGUCUGAAAAAGUAGUGGAAGCAAAAUUCAGUAAGUUUUUGAAGGGAACUGGACAACCAGUCAAAAGAAAUGUUGGUAGGGUAAUGUGGAAAAAGCAAGGGAGUAAGAUUAAUUGGUAACUGCCAAAGAUUCAGCACUGGCACAAUGGGCCCAAUGGUCUCUCUCUGUCUUAAGAGCAUUUGAUGUUCACCUUGAAUCUGCACUAUUUGUAGAGUCUGUGAGUACGUAAAACAUGUUUAAUGAAGAUUUCCUCAGAGCAUUACAAGCUGCGGCCUACAUUCUUUGUAAACCUUCAAUGUUUAAUUUUACACGUAAGGCACAGAGGAAAUCUUCCAUUCAUUAUUACAUUGCCCUUGAACAGCUUAGCAAGAUCUCUUCUUCCUUUUCCAGCUAAGGAUUUGAGUUUUCCAAGUCACUGUAGCUGUAGUUUUUACUAAGGCAAGUCAAGGGGUGCUGUUAGUUGAGCCUUGAUCAUCCUUAUGGAAAGGCUCAAAGAAGGCCUGAAGUUGGAUUUGAGGCCUCAUAUUUCUUCAGGGUGAGUUACUGGAGUUGUUUGCUUAUCACCCCAGUUUUAAUUUACAUAGGUUUUGGAUAGGUUUGAAUAGGUUUUGGAAAGCAUAUUAGAUAAGACAAUCAGGCUUCACUCAAGCAAGGGGAAAGGGGGUGGAGAAGGUAACUCCUCUGCUGUAGCUCCAUAAAGAAGUUAUUUUUUAUUUAUAACCAUUACAUGAUCACUAGACUUCUGAGCAUAGAUCAUUUCCUGGAUUAUAAGUUUGGAAAGGAAUUCUCCAAAAGCAUUAAGUAUAGCAUUAUCAAUGUUUUUAGUGGGCCAAUGCCUGUUUUUAAGGAUCCUUCAAAUUUAUCAGCUGGCCUACACAUGUGUGGCCAGCUGGCCAACACAGGCUAUUCCACUGCUAAAUUCCUUUGUACGUGCUAAUAUCUUCACCAAGAUAAAUCCAGCAUUGUAUAAUAACCAGAAUUAUAGAUAGUGUGAUAGAUCAGUCCUCUGUAUAAAUUCAUUAUUACUUCUUAACCUUGAUGCUUCACCAAUCUUUGCAAACUCCCCCAAAAAGUGCAGCAUUGAUAUCCCAUUGGUCAAAGAGAGCUUCAGGUUAGAAUGAAAAAUGCCAGCAUGACUGACCUUUUGUAAUUUCUGUAUUCUUAAAUUGGUGCUAAUUUUUAAACAAUUAUGGGAUUGCGUAUGCAUUGUUGAAUCUAUUAUUUUGCCCGAAUUUUCAAUUUCAAUGUAAAAUUCUCAGGUCCAGCUAGGAUUUAUAUUAAUCCUGGUUUUAAAAAAAAUCACAAGGUAACUCAGAGACCAAUUCAGAAAGAAAGGACAGCCUUGGGGAGAGAGAUCCAGAGCCUGGACAAAUGAAAGCAUGGCCAACAGUUUUGGCCCUGAAUGCUGAAAGCGAUAAGAGAGAAUGAAGAAAACAGUAGGAGAUCUCUUGGCUCUUCUGGAUGACUUUUGGUAGAAGAAAGUGACACAUGAAAGCACUGAGUUGGUCCAACAGAUCUGCCAGUCUGUGUCAGAUACCCUAACAUCAGCAACCGUCUAGAUCUGAGGAAAUAAAGUAGUUUCACUAGGAUGAACUGUCAGGAUUGGGAGUGUAAUGGUUUUUAAUAGAUUAAAAUGAUGGGUGAGUGAGCUGACUAACAAAUGCAUGAGUGUUGUGGAAAAUGGAAACCCAAAGGCUGACCAUCGGGAGUUUGAAAUUAACAAAGAAUUGGGAAAGAGCAUCUUACCAAGGUGGAAGAGGGAUUGGUCCAUGUGUCUGGUCAGGGACUAAAGGAUGUGGUCAGGGAGGUCUGGCAUUCAGACCAUACUCAAAUUUCCAGAACUAAUCCUGAAUGUAGAAUUAGUUCCAUGCUUGGAAUUUGUGGAUUAAUAUCUGAAUUUGUUGCUCAAAUCAGCAAUGGCAAACAGAAGUUUGAAUUUGUUUUGACUGAAUUCCAGUAAGGGAUUGGGUUGCUGAAUUUGAAAUACUGCAAUUGCACCCAUGCAUUUGGUUAGCUGUGCUGUGACAUCAUUCCAAGCUGUCCCAUCAGAACAAUAUAGAACACAAUCCAUUCCAGGGGGAAAUUAAAUUGUUUCUCUGUACCCUUAACAGUUGUGUAUAUUGAUCUGAACUGACAUAUCAGCUUGAAAAUUCAUCUCAAUGACAAUUUUUUCUACCUUUUGAUUCCACAAAUAAAUUUAAAUUAUUAUAA